AUGUCGUCUUCAAAUGCAGAACAUCAUUCAGUCAUCGUGGUGGGAGCAGGUCCAGUAGGAUUGACCACAGCCACCAAUCUGGCCAGGCUUGGAGUUUCAGUUCUCGUCCUGGAAAGAUAUCAUGAAGUCGACCAGUCUCCCCGUGCUGCCUCAUAUCAACCGUGUGCCCAAGCCGAGCUUCUCGAGACUGGGACACUUGACGAUGUCAGGAAAGAAUCCGUGAUCAACGAUGUUCUUUCAUUCUGGGUUCAAGGGAAAAGAGUCGCUCAUGUUGAGAAAAGAGAGGGUGGAAGUAUCUUUCCAGCAGGAAUCAAUUGUCCUCAACCGAGGCUGGCACAGAUCCUCCUCGAUCACCUCACCACUCGGUACAAUUCAAUGGUCAAAUUCAAUCAAAAGGUUACUGGGGUUUCCCAAGAUCCAUCUGAUAAUAUCGUUUCGGUCCUUGCCAUUGAUCCCAGCACCAAUCUGGAGUCAAAGUACACCUGUGAUUGGCUUGUUGGUGCCGAUGGCGCCGGCUCUAGUGUCCGGAAACUAUUAAGCAUCCCAUUUGAAGGGUUCUCCUGGCCAAAGGAAGAUUUCGUGGCCACAAAUGUACGGUAUGAUUUCUUCAAACAUGGCUUCACUACGGCAAAUUUUAUCAUGGACCCUGUUCAUUGGGCCGUGGUUACUAUCCUGGAUGACACAGGCCUUUGGCGCUGUGCAUUUGGGGUCAGGACGGGACUGACCAACGAAGAGAUCCGGGCCGAACUCCAUGACCAUUACAAACAUAUUUUCCCCGAGUGGCCUGUCGAGUAUGAACUGGUCCAGUUGAACAAAUACAAACCACAUCAGAGGUGUGCGCAAGAGUUCAGAAAGGGACGAGUAUUAUUGGCUGGAGAUGCUGCCCAUAGCAACAAUCCCAUUGGUGGUCUCGGUCUGACCACUGGACUGUUGGAUGCAGGCCCGUUAGGGCGGGCUCUGGGAGCGGUGAUGAACGGCAAAGCUCCAGAGACAUUGCUUGACACGUGGGCCAAAUCAAGACGCGACAAGUGGCUGAAUUUCACCAAUGAGUUCUCCAUCGAAAACAAGAGGUUGAUUCAACGGGCGGGAUACAGCGAGGACCCCCUCGGGAUAUGGACCAUUGAUGAGGUUGCUCGAGCGCAUCAAAUGGAGCAGUGGCUGGCGAUGGCCACACCGGAGAAAAAAGAAGCAGACCUCAAGUUUUAUAAGGCCCUCGAAGACCCUCACGCCCAACUUGUCAGUCGGAUGAAACAGUGGGAGAUCACGAUGGACCCGAUGUGGAUGGCUGAGUAUGAGGAUCCCGAGGUUGUCAAGUACAGGAUGUCUCUGCGACCGGCAGUUCUGUCCUCCGCUACUUGA